AUGGAGGCACCUCUGCAGACGGAAAUGGUGGAGCUGGUGCCCAACGGCAAACACUCAGAGGGGCUGCUCCCAGUCACCACCCCCACGGCUGUCAACCAGAGGGUCGAAGGCCCCAGACGGAGCUGUGUUGAGGGCGAGGGCUUCCUACAGAAAAACCCCAGCAAGGAGCCACACUUCACAGACUUUGUGGGGAAGACUUCAUUUGGGAUGUCAGUUUUCAACCUCAGCAACGCCAUCAUGGGCAGUGGCAUCCUGGGACUCGCCUAUGCCAUGGCCAACACGGGCAUCGUCCUUUUCCUGUUCCUGUUGACAGCCGUCGCCCUGCUCUCCAGCUACUCCAUCCACCUGCUACUCAAGUCCUCAGGGAUCGUGGGUAUCCGUGCCUAUGAGCAGCUAGGCUACCGUGCCUUUGGGACCCCAGGAAAGCUGGCAGCGGCCCUGGCCAUCACACUGCAGAAUAUUGGAGCCAUGUCCAGCUACCUGUACAUCAUCAAGUCCGAGCUGCCCCUUGUCAUACAGACCUUCCUGAACCUGGAGGAGCAAACUUCCUGUGGAGACGGGGUGGAGUCGGAGCUACUGCACACCUACAGCAAGGUGGACCCAUUUGACGUGCUGAUCCUCUGUGUGCGUGUGGCCGUGCUGACGGCAGUCACACUCACAGUGCCGAUCGUUCUGUUUCCGGUGCGCCGUGCCAUCCAGCAGAUGCUGUUUAAGAACCAGGAGUUCAGCUGGCUGCGGCACAUACUCAUUGCCAUCGGCCUGCUCACUUGUAUCAACUUGCUGGUUAUCUUCGCUCCCAACAUCCUGGGCAUCUUCGGGGUCAUUGGUGCCACAUCUGCCCCAUGCCUCAUCUUCAUCUUCCCCGCCAUCUUCUACUUUCGCAUCAUACCCACCGAGAAGGAACCUGCAAAGUCUACCCCCAAAAUCUUGGCCCUUUGUUUCGCUGUGCUUGGCCUCUUGCUGAUGACCAUGAGCUUGAGCUUCAUCAUCAUUGAUUGGGUGUCAGGGACUGGCCGGCAUGGAGGAAGCCACUAG